AUGGAGACUUUCUACACCUACACCAUCCCAAAGGAAGACCAUGACCCCAUUGACCUUGAGGACCUAGAGGUGGCUAGUGGUUCAGAACUGGUGCUGCUGGCCAAACACCUGCUGAAGCCGCUGCCCUCGGACAAGCAGGUUGAGACUGGGCCCUUCCUGGAGGCGGUGUCCCACCUGCCACCCUUCUUUGAUUGCCUUGGGUCCCCAGUGUUUAGUCCCAUCAAGGCAGACAUAAGUGGUAACAUCACAAAAAUCAAGGCUGUGUUCAACACCGACCGGGCCAAGUUCUGGACCCUGCAGAAUAUCCUAGAGGUGGAGAAGAAAAUGUAUAGAGGAGAGUGGUGCCAAGUGGGGGCCAUGCUGGUGCUGAUGUGGCUGAAAAGGGGCCUCUGCUUCAUAUGGGUCUUCCUACAGAGCAUCUGUGACAGGGAGCAGGACGAGAGCCACCCCAACCUCAUCCGCAUCAAUGCCACCAAGGUAGCGCUGUGUGCCGCGCCCUACAAGCCCAACUUCCUGAAAGCGCUCUCCAGAGGCCAGAACAUGAUGGAGGAAGAGUGCCUGGAAAAGGUCCGCCUGGAGAUGAUGUCAACAACCACCACUGACGUCAUCUACGAAAUGUACACCAACAUGAAUGCCGAGCUCAACUACAAGGUGUAG